AUGUCAGAAUUUUUCAGAGUAUUCAACCAGUUAACAAUGUGCGAUACUGCAAAUACUGUUCCAAAUUCACCAUCUAUAGAAACACCUCCUAAAGCGUUGCCUGAUUCGGAAUCGUUUCCAACAAUUAGACCUCCAUUCCCACCAGUUAUCAAUGUUGAAGAUUUAAUUUCACUUAGAGAAUCCUCAGAUGGUACUCAAAUGUUUCCAUCUCGAGCUCCAAAUGCAUUCAUAAUUUACAGGAAACAAUUUGUAAAAGCAGCGCGAGAUAAUGAACCAGAUCUCUUUUACUCAAAUCCUGGACACAUCAGCGGCAGCAGUGAUAUAAAUCAAUCUUUUUAUAACUCUAUUGAAUAUAAACACGAACCUUUAGAAUUCAUGCAAUUUAGUAACAAUUAUUAUGACUUUCCAUAUGCAUUAUCAUAUCAAAAUAUACAAGAUACGCCGUCUUUCGAGCCAGCAACUUUUGAAAAUCCCCACAAUAGUGAAGUUGAUAAUUUGCUCUAA